CAGAAAACCAUCAAGAAAAAGAAGUCACUAAUCAAAAAGUGAUACAGCGAAAGCAGUAGCCAGCAGUAGGAGGAGGAGACUCUUAUUUUACUUCGGUGCAUUUUGUUCUGGAUUGGCGAUUUCUGCUGACGAAGACGAUUUUUUUUUCGUCGGAGUUGAUAGUGGUUUAUUGGUUGGUUGGAAGUAAAAUCGAACGAACGGAUCGAAGGUUUUCGAGUGCGUUUGUGCAGUGUUAAGAGAAAGGGGCGGCCAAAAACUACCAGAGGAUCCAUACGGCAAGCGACGACGACGACGGCGACGGGGAAAACGCAGUAAAAUGAUGGACGGAACGAUUGAGGAAAACGGAAACGGAACGCCCCUGACCGGAAGUUCGGACGAUGGAUUUGUGCCUGAGCAGAAGAAUGGUUCCACGACGGAGCAGACGGCGGCAGUGCCACCGCAGGGGAACAACAAUAAGUCAGCGGAUGCCGCGGCACUCCCACCCAACUCGCUGCUGGUUGAUAUAUCGGACGCCUUGAGCGAAAAGGAGCGAGUCAAAUUCACCGUCCACACGCGAACCAAUCUGCCAGGGUUUGCCAAGUCGGACUUCCUGGUGGUUCGGCAGCAUGAGGAGUUUGUCUGGUUGCACGAUCGGUUUGAAGAGAACGAGGAGUACGCCGGCUACAUCAUUCCGCCGUGCCCUCCGAGGCCAGACUUUGACGCUUCGAGGGAGAAGCUGCAGCGACUGGGAGAAGGCGAAGGUAACAUGACCAAGGAGGAAUUCAAGAAGAUGAAACAAGAACUGGAAGCGGAGUACUUGGCCACCUUCAAGAAGACAGUUGCCAUGCAUGAGGUGUUCCUGACGCGCUUAGCAUCGCAUCCGGUAUUCCGGAACGAUGCCCACCUGAAGGUGUUUCUCGAAUUUGACCAAGAUCUGUGCGCGAAGCUAAAGAAAAAGAUGGACGUCUUCGGGGGUCUUAUGCGCAGCAUAGGCAAGACCACCGAAGAGAUCUACAUGGGUGCGACGGUGAAGGACGUCAAUGAUUUCUUUGAACACGAGUUGCAGUUCCUGGGGGAGUACCAUGCCCACCUGAAGGAGGCCGCCACCCGGACCGAGAAGAUGACCCACAAACACAAGGAGGUGGCCGAUUCGAACAUCCGUAUCUCGACGGCGCUGAUGGCCCUCUCGACGGCGGAUCACGGCUCGAUGGAGCGGUUUCUGGCCAAGUCGGCCGACAUCUUCGAGAAGAUUAGGAACAUGGAAGGCCGGGUGGCAAGCGAUCAGGAUCUGAAACUGGGCGACACCCUGCGGUACUACCAACGCGACAGCAACGCGGCCAAAGCCUUGCUCAUUCGGCGCCUUCGAUGCCUGACGGCGUACGAAGCAGCCAACCGGAAUCUCGAAAAGGCCCGCGCCAAGAACAAGGACGUCCAUGCGCCAUUGGAGGUGCAAGAGGCGGAAUCGGCACAGACGGCAGCUUGCGAGAAGUUUGAAUCGAUGUCUGCUCGUGGAAAGGAAGAAUUGGUCAGUUUCCGGCUCCGUCGGGUUGCUGCAUUCAAGAAAAGCCUUAUUGAACUGGCCGAGCUGGAGAUGAAACACGCCAAAACGCAGUACGAAUUCCUACGCCAGUCGUUACUAGCUCUGAAGGAUAUUGCCUAGAUCUGAACCUGAACGAAUACGCUGACCACACCAUCAUCAUCCCAGGAUAGACUGAACGAUUCUGCGACAACAUAUUGAGCAUGAGCGUGAGUAUGAACAUCACUUUUACUCUGUCGAUUGGAAUUUCAAUACGUACUAGGUAUGCGUGUGUGCGUACGCACCAGGAUCAGAAGGACCACCUCUGUCCCUUUUGAUGAAUAUACAAUACUGAGACAACGUAUGCCCAAGAAUGCGAAAAGAUCAACCAUCUUCGUCCGGUGAUAACAAUAACUGAAACUCUGUAACAAAGGACGAUUUAGAUUUAUUAAGAGGACAACAAUCAGUGGCUUUUCCUUGUUGCAAGAGUAAGUGGGAGAACAACCAAUUGUGAGAUAAACGAAUUCCAUUUUAAGUUUUGCUAUUAUAAUUUUUUUUCGAUGAUGAAACCAGUAAAGUGUAUGAACUUCUACAUCUACUAUAUAGUAAUUGUAUUUAUCCAAGCAUUUUAGUUCCAAUCGCUCGUUAACUAUUGGUUAGAAAAGACUUGAUUCUAGAUAAACGUGUCGGCGUGGCGUACACCUAAUAUAUAUUUUUUGGAUCUACUUUCAUCCAGUUAAGUUGAACAUUUCGUAGGAAAAUCUACAGAACGCAACCUAUCGCGAAGAACACAUUUAACGAACAAGACUAUUACGAAACAAAUAAUCAAAUAUUUCUUACACUAUUCUUCUCGAAAUAAGAAAGAGUGGGAGGAAUGGGAUCAUUCGCCCGCUGCACGUCUCACACGAACACACAUACAUACACAGAAACAAAACAUGUAGAGUAAAAAUGAGAAUGAGAAAACAGGCAUUCAUUAAUUUUUAUAAUUGCUAUUAUUAUUAUUAAUUCUACUAUUAUUGAACAGUAUAAGAAACUAUUGCUAUUAUUAUAUUUCGAUUCGAUGGGAAAUCAUAAUAUAUUCUGUAUAUGAUCGUGAAGUAAGUCAUGAAGGAGAAGAUUACAAACA